GCAAGUCCAACACCUGACAGACCAACUCUCAUCAGUCCCCAGAAUGACAAGUACAGAGACACAGACUCUCCCUGUCAGUGUCCCAAACCCCUGCCUUGUCUCUGUCCCUCCCUCUCUGCUAUGCACCCAGCCCAACAACCCCUUGGCACCUGCUGAUACAUCCACACAGCCAGCUGCCAACAGCCAGCUCUGCCCAUCCCAGCUGUGAUCCACGCAGGAACAAAUGACCUACACAGCCUUCGUAAAGACACUGCUGAGGCAGUGAGGAAGAUGGUGGAGCAGGCCAGAAAAGGAGUUCCCUGACACCCACAUUGUGGUCUCCACAAUGCUGCCUAGGAUAGACACCCCUCCUCUACUAGGAGCUUUGGAGACCAUCCCAUACCUCCUCUUCCCUAUCACCACCAGCUCAGCCUGGACUUCCCACUCACCAUGUGGCCACAACCUCACCACUUUGAAGCACAACCAGAGGAGGCCCAGGGAAACGUGCUUCUAAGUGGAGAUCUGAAUGGACGAACAGGAAUCGAACCUGAUGUCGACCCACAGGGCAACAACCAUGUGUUUGUACAUAAAGGACUUCUACAACAAGACAGUGCUGCGUCGUAAUGGAACAGGACUCAGUGGGGAGACCUUGACCCUCAUGUACUCUCUCACUGUGUCUGUCUUCGCUAUUGGAGGUCUGCUGGGCUCCCUCAUUGUGGGCAUGCUGGUCACUCGCUUUGGCAGGAAAGGCACAGUGGUAAACACAACAGUGCUGGUGUUUAUUGCUGGCUCCCUCAUGGGCUUCAGCAGGAUUUGUGGUUCACCUGAGAUGGUCAUCUUUGGCCGCUUCAUCACAGGAAUUCACUCAGGCAUCUCUCUAAGUGUGGUACCAAUGUACUUGGGUGAGAUAGCACCUAAGAACCUGCGAGGCUUCCUGGGUCUCGUGCCGAGUAUCUUUAUUGGCACUGGAGUCUUUGCCGCCCAAAUCCUCGGCUUACAUGAACUUCUAGGAAAGGAGGAGCACUGGCCCCUCUUUCUUUCAGUGGUGGUGGUACCCACCUUCAUCCAGUUGAUGCUGUUGCCAUGGUUCCCAGAGAGCCCCAGGUACCUGCUGAUUGAGAAGCACAAUGUCCACGCCACCAUCACAGCUCUGAAGUGGUACAGAGCCAAGUGUAACAUCCAGGCUGAGAUUGAAGAGAUGCAGGAGGAGCAGCGCUCCCUGUCAUCAGUGGAGACGCUGUCAGUAUGGAAACUGUUGCUGGAUGACACAGUCCGCUGGCAGGUGCUCAGUGUGGUGGUCAUCAACAUCGGCAUGCAGCUGUCUGGCAUCGAUGCUAUUUGGUUCUAUACCAAUGACAUCUUUGAGAAUGCAGGUAUCCCAGCACCAGAAAUCCAGUAUACCACAGCAGGAACAGGAAUUAUAGAGAUCGUCGCUGGACUCAUUGGGUGUUUCACCAUAGAGAAACUGGGCAGGAGGCCUCUCAUGAUUGGGGGUUUUGCCAUGAUGGGCAUCUGCAGUGCUGGAAUCACAGUAGCCCUCAUUUUACAGACUCACUUAUCGUUGAUGCACUACAUCAGUGUUUGCUGUGUGGUCGGCAUCAUCGCUGGCUUCUGUAUCGGUCCAGCGGGGGUUCCCUUCUUGAUCACAGCGGAGCUGUUCAAACAGUCCCACCGCCCAGCGGCCUACAUUGUAGGAGGAUCACUCAACUGGCUGUCCAACUUCACUGUGGGCUUCGUCUUCCCCUUCUUACAGAUGUCAGCAGGGUCUUACUGCUACUUGGUGUUUGCCACCAUUUGUCUGUCCGUGGCCGUCUAUAUCUACAUUGUGAUUCCAGAGACCAAAAACAAGACUUUCAUGGAGAUCAGCCGGAUGUUCUCUAAAAAGGAGGCAGUUCCAGAGACCCAGGGCCUGAUCCACGUGGACCAGCUGAAGCUGAAGAAGAUGAACGGCUACGGGGGUGUGGAACAUGCUUCACUGGAGUUCGACAGCUCUUCUUCUGUACCUUAACUGAGCUUCAGGUUCUCACAGGGUCUAUAAAACCAUUCAUUACUCCCUCCAUUCUACUGUUUUGAUAUGUAUUAACCAAACACCACCUCAGCCGGACUUUUCACUGGAUCACACUCAGGUUCAAAUCAUUGCUGAAUAUACAGUACAGUUCUGGUAUUCGCAACUUCUUGUCAAUUUCAUGUUUCAGUCUGUUUGAGCCAUUAAAGGAAAAUUCCAGUUAAUUUAAACUUAUUUUCAUAGGUUUGGCCGUUCUUCCUAUCUGUACUAAUAACAUUGUAUUUCCCAAGGUAAUAGCUGAGAUGUGGGAACACGGUGACAUCACUGAAAAGAAGUCUGACAGAACAAGAAACACGAGCAGUCAGACCAUCAGACGUUAGACAAACUUUUUUGGAGAGAAAAUCCAUCACAGCGUACUGCUUCAUGUUUGACCUACUGUACUUAUGUAGUUUAGCACAUAUGAGGGAUUAUUUCAGCAACAUUUCAGGUGCUCUCACUUCCAGUUUGACAUCCAAAUCUGGAUAUACAGUUGGUUUGUUUGCGCAACUUCAUUGUAUCAAUGUCACCAUGUUCCCAGAUCUCAGCAAUUACUUUGGUGAGUACAAUAUUAUUAUAACUGAAUGAUGGGCAAACUAUAAGAAAAUGCAAAAAUAAGACCUGAGUUGUAAGAAUCCAGAAUGAUGCUUUAAUAAACUAUCGAAACAAGCUUUCCAUGCGAAGGAAAGGAAAACUAUGGUUUCUUACAACUUUCUCACUAUUUUUGUAGUUCUGGCCAUCGGUUGUAUCAGUACCCAUAACAUUGCACUCACCAAAGUGAUUGCCGAGAUCUCGAAACACGAAGACAUCACUAAACUGAUCAAACAGGUAAAACAAUCAUCAGACCACUCAGAGCGUUGUAGGGGGGAUUAAGAAUGGGGUUGCCAUCUUCCUACAUAGCUAGCUAGCUUGCUACAUCCAUGAGACAUUGCAACAGAAAAUGGCCCACUGGUGACAAGUGUGGAUGAGAUCGACGCAGGAUAGUAAUUAUGCUACCCAAACAAGCUGACCAGAUGGUCACAACUACAAAAAUAAAGUCCAAAUAAAUCCAAUAAACUGCAGUUUUCCUUCAAGGACACCGUGACAUUCAGGCAUUUUGAACAGCAGCUUUUCAUCACCAGGCACUUAACAAUGGGUUAGUAUUAUUGGGGGUGGGGGUUGUGGUGUCUAUUAUGGCACGAAUGCUAGCUGUGCUUAAGUUGUACAUGAGUGUCCCACAUGUCAGCAUGGUAACACACAAACCAUUAAACAAUAAAUACAUGUUCAGGUAAGGACUUUAGGGUAGACUCACCAAAAGGAUCAGAGCUUGUGGUUAUUGACACAGCAGCAUGUGGGAAAUAAUUGGAUGUGUAUAGUAUGCAUGUGUGACAGAAAUUAACCUUUUAAAGAUACAUUUUUUAAUCUUGUAUAUUGCAGUAAAAAAUAAUCUAUGAUGUGAAAUUUCAAUAUUUAUGCAUGUUUUGACUGUCAUCUUCUUUAUAUUGUAAAGUUAUAUUACUUGUUUCACUAAAAUCCCUCCACCAGCUCUUAAUACACUCAUUAUAUUAUCAUUUUAGGGUUAGGGGUAAGUGUGCUAAAAUGUGUUUUGUACAAACAGCAAAAUCCAGUUUGUUAGAAUACAUGAAAAUAUGUAUAAGCCUUUUUGAAUUGUUGAAAGAUAACUACAUAAAUGAAAUGAUAUUGUAAUACUGUG